AAAUUAUUAUUUAUUAUUCCUUCUAAACGUUAUUAUAUUUCACAUACUCAGAGAUUCAUGAAUAUAACCCUGCAGAGCCAUAUGUACAUGAUGUUCAUGUCCAACUAAGAUGCAGUCCACCUGUCUGAAAUUCAACCAUUUUUGCUUCUGGGUUUGUGCUGUUUAAUAUCAUGACUCAAGAGCUCGACGAUCGGACGGCUAGCAUGUUACAUUUUCCACGAUCAUGGUGAUGUGAGCACUUCAUUUUUCUGGGAAAACUUUCCUUUUAGAAAGGGAAAAAAGAGUGUUGGAAGAUCAAAGGCAAAUGCUAAGGAGGAGGGAAGUAUUUCAAACGGUCUUCAGCCAACUUCAACAGUUCAAAUUCAAAUCCAUGCAUUAAAAGGUUUUUGUGAUUUUAGACUUGGACCUCAAGUUUUGGAGCUGCAAUGGACAAUUCACCAAGCUAUGAUGAACACUAUGAUCUUGGUUACCAGCCUUCACCUUCUUCUGUGGAUCAAACUGAUCAUUCGCUCACAGAAACUUCAACAAGUGGCAAUUCUUUCAUGUACCACCGGACAAAUUCAGAGACCUCGGCUUACUCUGAGUCUGUGGAUGACAGCAGUUACUCUGGUGAAGCUUCUCCUUGGUUCUACCCAAAUGUAAAAUCCAACCCGGUGUCUCUUACCAGACUUGGAAUGAAGCAGUACAAUACGAAUGCUUCCGAUGAUAAGCUUGAAGAUCACAACGCUGUUGAUUCAGAGCUUGAGAUGAUGAAAGAAAGAUUUGCAAAACUCUUGUUGGGUGAAGACAUGUCAGGAAGUGGGAAAGGUGUAUGCACCGCGGUCACGAUCUCAAAUUCGAUAACCAACCUUUAUGCCACGGUGUUUGGACAAAACUUGAGGCUAGAGCCAUUGAAUCCUGAGAAGAAAGCAAUGUGGAAGAGGGAGAUGAACUGUCUUUUAUCAGUCUGUGAUUACAUGGUAGAACUCAUCCCCAUAUCACAAAACUUACAAGAGGGGGCACAAGUGGAGUUGAUGGAAAGCAGGCCAAGAUCGGAUCUUUAUGUCAAUCUUCCAGCUUUGCAAAAACUUGAUGCAAUGCUCAUUGUAAGACUUGCCUUGUGUGAUAAGAAAUCGCAUAUUUUUCUCAAAACAGAGCAAGUCUUUUUCAAUCAAGGGCUGAAAGUUCAUGACUUUCUUUUCUUUUGGCAGGAAGUACUAGAUAGUUUCCAGGAUACAGAAUUCUGGUAUGCAGAAAAAGGAAGCAUGUCAUCAAAUUCAACGCGAACAGGAUCUUUUCGUAGGGUGGUUGUUCAGCGGAAUGAGGAGAAAUGGUGGUUGCCUAUUCCAUGCGUUCCUCCGGGAGGCCUGUCUGAGAAGGCAAGGAAGCAUUUGAAACACAAACGCGACAGUUGUAAUCAAAUUCAUAAAGCAGCCAUGGCAAUCAACAGCAGUAUUCUUGCCGAGAUGGAAAUCCCAGACUCAUACAUGUCAACUCUUCCGAAGAGCGGAAAAGCUUGUCUGGGAGACUCCAUAUACCGCUACAUGUGCACCAUGGACAAGUUCUCCCCAGACCAUCUUCUGGACUGCCUCGACAUAGCAACUGAACUGGAAGCACUUGAUCUUGCUGAUAGGGUAGAAGCCUCGAUGUACACGUGGAGGCGUAAAGCGUGCAUGAGCAACUCAAAAUCUUCCUGGAUCAUGGUGAAAGAUCUGAUGUCGGAAACAGACUGGAAUGACAAGAAUUAUGUUUUGGCAGAGAGAGCCGAGUGCUUGCUGCUCUGUUUGAAGGAGAGAUAUCCUGAGCUCUCUCAGACAUCCUUGGACACAUGCAAGAUCCAAUGCAAUAGGGAUGUGGGGCAGGCAGUGCUAGAGAGCUACUCAAGAGUGUUGGAGAGUUUGGCAUUCAACAUUGUUGCUUGGAUUGAAGAUGUAAUUUGUGUUGACAGAUCCGCGAGAAACCAAGACAAAUAAAGAGACUGCAAUGCCACUGAGUUCGAGCAUUCUUUUCAAAUCCAGUUUGAUUCCACAAAUUUUGAAACAAUUUAACUUGGCUGCUUAAUUACUUAUAUUAAGCUAAUUUUUAGUGUUUCUCGCCACUCAGUACUACGGUCUGGUGGUAUUCCUCUUUACUUGUGAGUGAGAGGUUUUAGGUUCGAAUCUCGUGGAUGGCGAAUUUGAUAUCAAAUUAGGUUGCCUAUUGUACGGCGUAGCUGAACUUACCCAUUCCCUUAGUGUAAAAUAUACCGUUGUACUAAACAAAACAAAAAAAAAAUUAAUGUUUCCCAUUCUACGUUUUAAAUCAAACAAA